ACUAGAUUUUGUGUAUACGGCCAUCAAUUUGCAAAGAGGAAAAAGUGAAGUUAAUUGAAAAGUUAUCCAAGCAUAAAGUAGAACAGAACCAUGUCGGACUUCAGAUCCCAAUCUCGCAGCGGUGGAGGGCGUGGCGGUCGAGAGGAGUUUUCCAACGACGACGAUCCGCCGAUGUCGCGGCUGUUCAUCAUUUGCAACAAAGCCCACUCGGAGGAGGACUUCCGCGAGGCUUUUUCGUCGUACGGGGAUAUCGAGGACAUUUGGGUGGUGAAGGACAAGCACACUCAGGAGAACAAGGGAAUCGCCUACGUGAAGUUCUCCAAGACCUCUGAUGCGGCCAAGGCGCAGGAGGAGAUGAACGGCAAGACCAUCGGCAACUUGGACCGCACCCUGAAAGUCCUCGUGGCAGCCAACCGCAAUCAGGGCUCGAAUAAGUCUGAAAACGAGCAGGAAAAGUAUGUGAGACUGUUCAUAGUGAUCCCCAAAACGGCCACCGAGGAGGACAUCCGCGAAGAGUUCUCCCAAUGGGGCGAGGUGGAACACGUCACAAUUGUCAAGGAGAAGAAUAAUGGCAGUCCCAAGGGUUUCGGCUAUGUCCGCUUCACCAAGUUCUACCAUGCAGCUGUGGCCUUUGAGAACUGCUCGGCCAAGUAUAAGGCUGUGUUUGCCGAACCGAAGGGUUCUACUCGCUCACAGAAGGACCAAUACGGUCGUCCCUCCGAGGAUAAUCCCUUAUUCAGUGGCUCGGGACGUGGCAAUUCCAAUUUCAAUGGCGGAGGAAAUGGCAGGGAUGGCGGCAACAACGGCAGCUACAACAACGACUGGAAUGUGUCCCAGAACAACGACAUGUCGGCCUUUUUACGCAUGCAGAAUGUCCCAGUGGCCCAGCCCUCGUGCCUCGAGGUAAUCGUCAGCAACUGCGUCAACCAGGAUCAGCUUUGGCGACUCUUCGAUAUCAUUCCCGGUCUAGAUCACUGCCAAAUUAUUCGGGAAAGUGGACCGCGCGCCAAUGAAGUCCUAGUAGUGUACAACAACCCAGAAGCUGCUAUUUAUGCGAAGGAUAAACUUCAUGGCCUGGAAUAUCCCGCGGGCGAACGCAUCAUUGUCAAAGUUAAUGGAAUGAGCUCGGCUCGAAUCGACACAUCCUUUAUAGACAAGCGCACCAAUAAGGAUGCCAUCUGCAAUGUGCCCUUGCCCCCAACUGAGCCACUGGCCUCACCCGACGCCCAGGUGGCACAGCGUCUGUUCAUUGUGCUCUCAGCGAAUUUACCGCUUUCGAUUUUGAAAAACAUAUUCUCCUGCUGGUCGGGACUGAUCGACGUCUAUCUACUGCCGAACAAGAACUGCGGCUACGUCAAGUUUGCGGAGACUGAGAGUGCCCAGUUGGCCAUUGACACUCUAAAUGGCGCCGAAAUAUGCGGCACUAAAAUUAAGGUCAUGGAGGCGGAGGAGCGCAAUGGAUCCGACGGCGAUGACGGUGGGCGAAAACGUCUAAGGCGUAACUGAGUUGUGUGCCGUGGUCCGAGGUAAGUAGUUGUGCAAACUCCAAACCGAAACCUCUUAACGAUUUAACUUACGCAUUCGCUUAACGCUUGUGUACAUACACUUCUUUUCGACCAAGCGAAUAGUAUGGUACUUACCCCGUGCACCGGUUGGCCAAUGACGAUAUCUAUGCCGCCACUGAGCGGGAACAUAAUAAGCCAAACCACUUUUAUCUUUCUAUCUCCACAGACCCACUGACAACCAAGAACUUACAGAGAACGCAAUGUACGAGUACGUAACUAACUUGAGAAUACAGUCCGAUAAAAAACAGUUGAACUGACCACCACCAACUUACAACCAACCAACUAAUGACCAAACAACAAGAACAACAGCAACCACCACCACAGCAACACUCUCUUAACGGAAUGCCACAAGAACUACGAGGACUGAAGAACGCAGACCGGAAACGGAAACGGAGAACAAACAGUCAACGAAUUCACCACACCCAUUGACUACUAUUGACUAACUCAAGGGGCUCUCGUACAGAGCACUCGUAGAAUGACUCUUUCGACCUUUAAACGGAUCUAACGAAACCGCAAUGCUUGCUAUAUCAUAUAUUCAAAAUGACGUAUAUAUGUGUAAUACCGCUUGGGGGACUUUUGAAUCUACCCCUAAUACAGAAAAAAACUGUAUAACAUAAACUAUUAUUAACGCAUUUUGACGAGAUCCAGAUAACCGAUGAAUUCAAACAUAAUGAAUUUCCCAAGAGUAUUGACUCUGUCUCGUAAACUCACGAUUUAACCGUGCGUAAAAUACAUUUUAUUUCACAUAUACAUUAGAUUUAAAUCAUAUUUCACUGUAGAAGCCCAAUAAAUAAUUCAUAAUUUACUGAAUA